AUGCUGGUGAGCCUGCGCAGCGCCUUGGGCGCCUCGACUCGUCGAUCGCUUCUCCUGUCUCCGUGUCGCAGCUUCGCCUCACGGGCGGGCGCACUCGGCUCCUUCUCCAACGUGCUGGAUGGUGCGCUCAACGUCAAGUCUGCGCAAUUUCAAGAAUCCCAUGCGCACAUGGCCAACCUCACGGCUGAGCUACGGGAGCGCGUGGCCAAUGCGCGUCAGGGUGGUGGGGAGUCAGCACGUAAGCGCCACGAAUCUCGUGGCAAGAUGCCCGUGCGCGAUCGCAUCGACUCGCUGCUGGACCCUGGCUCCCCCUUCCUGGAACUGUCGCCACUGGCUGCGUACGACAUGUAUGGGGGUGGCGUACCAAGUGCGGGCAUUGUCACGGGCAUCGGCCGCAUCAACGGUGUGGAAUGUAUGAUCCUAGGCAACGACGCUACGGUCAAGGGUGGCACUUACUUCCCGUUGACCGUCAAGAAGCAUCUACGAGCGCAGGAGAUCGCCCAAGAGAACCGUCUACCAUGUGUCUACCUUGUUGACUCUGGCGGUGCCUUCUUGCCGCUUCAGGCGGACAUUUUUCCGGAUCGCGACCACUUCGGACGGGAGUUCUACAACCAAGCGACAAUGUCGGCCAUGGGUAUCCCGCAGAUCGCUGUGGUUAUGGGCAGCUGCACGGCUGGAGGAGCCUACGUGCCAGCCAUGUCGGACGAGAGCGUCAUUGUGAAGGGCAACGGCACUGUAUUCCUUGGAGGACCACCACUUGUUAAGGCUGCGACGGGUGAAGUCAUCACACCUGAAGAACUGGGCGGUGCCGAUGUGCACUGCCGCACGUCCGGCGUGACGGACCACUACGCGAAUAACGACGCUCAUGCGCUGGAUAUCACACGGCGUAUCGUCAGCAACCUGAACUACCGCAAGGAGCCUGCUGUCACCCAAACGCCAAUUGAGGAGCCCGUUUACUCUCCCGAUGAACUGGGCGGCGUCAUUCCGGUGGACUCUCGCAAGCCUUUCGACGUUAGGAAAGUGAUCGCUCGCAUCGUGGACGGCAGUCGCUUCGACGAGUUUAAAAAGGAAUACGGUCCUACUAUAGUGACGGGGUUUGCGCGCCUGUAUGGGAACCCUGUGGGCAUUGUGGCUAACAACGGUAUUCUCUUCUCCGAGUCGUCUGUGAAGGCUGCGCAUUUCAUCGAGUUAUGCAGUCAACGUGGCAUUCCUCUGCUAUUCCUGCAGAAUAUCACGGGCUUUAUGGUCGGCAAGAAGGCCGAACACGGCGGUAUUGCAAAAGACGGCGCCAAGAUGGUCAUGGCCGUCUCUAACGCAAAAGUACCGAAGAUUACGUGCAUCAUUGGCGGCUCCUACGGUGCUGGCAAUUACGGCAUGUGUGGCCGUGCAUUCUCUCCUCGCUUCCUGUACAUGUGGCCGAAUGCUCGUAUCUCCGUCAUGGGUGGUGAACAGGCUGCUGGUGUGCUGGCUCAAGUGCAGCGUGACAACUACGAGCGUCGCCAAGAGACCUGGACUACCGAAGAAGAAGCUGCUUUCAAACAGCCGAUUCUGGACAAGUACGAGAAGGAGAGCUCGGCUUACUACUCGACGGCUCGCCUCUGGGAUGACGGCAUAAUCGAUCCCAAGGAUACUCGAAAGGUACUUGGACUGAGUCUCAGCGCUGCGCUCAACGAGAAGCCUCAAGAAACGAAGUUUGGCGUCUUCCGCAUGUGA